AGGUGGUUGUCAUUAUUGGGAAAGUCUGGUCUAUUAUUAUUGUACCUAAUGAAUAAUUUAUUCACAGGCCCAAAUAUCUAAAUAAACUAUUGAGCUAUAUUGGCCCAAUAGCCCAUAUAUGUAUUUUAAACGAAAUCGGAGCGUAUCAGUUUUCAUCCAACGGUUCAAAUCUCACGACGCUCCUCUCUAAUGGAGAAAAUAAUGAGUAACGUCUCUCCCAUUCAUUUCCAACGGUCAAAUAAAUCCUCAAGAAAUACUCAGCUUCUCUCCCUUCUCCAUCUUCAUCCUCAAAGUCAUUCCUCCAAAACCCUAGUUCGAUUCGCUCAAGAAAAUGACUUCAAUCGAGGCUACAGAAACGAUUGACGCUCCUCCAAAGCUUCAGAUCUGGAACAACGCCGCUUUCGACGAUGGAGAUUCCCAGAUUACUUCCGCCAUCGAAGAAGCUACUUCUUGGUCUUCUCAACUCAACGAAUCAUUCGAUUCCGAUGGUAUCAAAGAGAAUCAUUUCUCAAUUUCGGUUUCCUCUUCGCUCCAGUCCUCAGUCUCGAUCACCACCGAUCAAGAAGAAGAAGCAGCAGCAGCAGCAGCUCCGUCGGCGAAAUCUAAAACCGUCAAGUCCAAAUCUGGCGCGGAUCGGAGUAAACGAGACAUCGAUGCAGAGAUCGAAAAGGUAGAGAAGGAGAUCGGACGGUUAUCGACGAGAUUGGAGUCGCUCCGGUUAGAGAAAGCUGAGCAAACCGCGAGAAGCGUUGCUAUAAGAGGAAGAAUCGUCCCGGCGAAGUUUAUGGAAUCUCAGAAACCAACAGUCAAAUUCGAUGAUUCGUCUCUCCAAGGAUCAUCCAAAUCAAGAGCUACUACUACUAAUCGUAGAGGCGUUAGUCUUGGACCGGCGGAGAUAUUCAAUUCCGCCAAGAGAUCCGAAACUGUGACUCCUCUUCAAACGGCUCAGAAUCGGCGCAAGUCUUGUUUCUUUAAGCUUCCUGGUAUAGACGAAGGCAAAAUGACGAACAGAGGUAAUAAUAAAGGGAGAACGAGUUUGAGUCUGAGUCUGAGUCCAAGAUCUCGUAAAGCCAAGAUGACGACUGCGGGUCAGAAGCAAGCAGCGACGACUGUGGGAUCAAAGAGAACGGUGAAGAAAGAAGAAGGUGUUCUUUUGUCAAUCCAGCCUAAGAAGCUAUUCAAAGACGAUGAAAAGAAUGUUUCUUUGAGGAAACCAUUGAAACCAGGGAGGGUUGUUGCUAGUAGGUAUAGUCUAGUGAGUAAGACGCAGGGUGGAGAGAAAGAUGCGAGGAAACGUUCGUUGCCUGAGAAUGAAGAGAAAGAGAAUCACAACAGGUCGGAGAAGAGAAGAGCUUCUGAUGAAAAUAGCAAGAGUGAAGGGAGAGUGAAGAAGAGAUGGGAGAUUCCGAGUGAAGUUGAUCUUUAUAGCAGUGGUGUGAAUGAUGAUGAGACUCCUAUAUGUGAGAAGCUACCUAAGAUCAGAACGCUUCGUCGUCUUGGAGGGAGCCCUCGUGAUUCAGGUGCUGCUAAAAGAGUUGCUGAAUUACAAAGCAAGGAUCGUAAUUUCACUUUUUGCCAGCUUCUCAGGUUUGAAGAAUGAAUGAAUGAUCCGGUUUAUCAAAAUUGAACCUCAACUCUUGUUGUGGUGACUUGAUUGUGAAUUUGGUUGGUUUUGAUUUGUUUUUCUGCUUGCUUGCAUCUGAAUUGUAGAGCAAAGAAUCUUAAUGUCUUGUCUAAAUACACAAAGAUUGCGAGUUUUGUUAUCUUUUUUGCA